AUGGUUCAAAUCAGUGAGGUCAAAGGCAACUCGCGAGAAAAUAGAACAGCAGCGCAUACGCAUAUCAAAGGGUUAGGUCUGCGCCCAGAUGGCACCGCUGAACCUUCUAGUAGUGGCUUCGUCGGCCAGGUUUCUGCCAGAGAAGCAUGCGGCGUGGUGGUCGACUUAAUAAAAUCGAAGAAGAUGGCUGGACGCGCAGUACUACUUGCUGGAGGCCCCGGGACCGGUAAAACUGCUUUGGCACUGGCUAUAUCACAAGAAUUGGGAACAAAAGUGCCGUUCUGUCCGAUUGUUGGCAGUGAAGUAUUUUCAGCAGAGGUAAAAAAGACGGAAGCCCUCAUGGAAAACUUCCGUCGAGCGAUUGGCUUGCGUGUUCGUGAGACGAAGGAAGUUUACGAAGGCGAAGUAACAGAGCUCACGCCCGAAGAGGCAGAAAACCCUCUGGGUAGCUACGGGCGAACGAUAAGCCAUCUAAUCAUUGGACUGAAAUCAGCGCGCGGCACCAAGAAAUUGCGACUAGACCCUAGCAUAUACGAAGCCAUUCAGAAAGAAAAGGUUGUUGUUGGAGACGUCAUUUACAUUGAAGCUAAUACCGGCGCUUGUAAACGGGUUGGACGCUCAGACGCAUAUGCAACCGAGUUUGAUCUGGAGGCAGAAGAAUACGUUCCGGUACCUAAAGGCGAAGUUCAUAAGAAAAAAGAAAUCGUUCAAGAUGUCACCCUACACGACCUGGAUGUUGCCAACGCCAGACCACAGGGCGGUCAGGAUAUAAUGAGCAUGAUGGGCCAACUCAUGAAGCAAAAAAAGACAGAGAUCACUGAUAAACUCCGACAAGAAAUCAAUAAGGUUGUCAACCGCUACAUCGACCAAGGUGUCGCGGAACUAGUGCCAGGCGUCUUAUUCAUUGAUGAAGUCCACAUGCUCGAUAUUGAGUGUUUCACGUACCUUAACCGCGCCCUCGAAUCCACCAUUUCCCCUAUUGUCAUUCUCGCUUCCAACCGCGGCCGGACAGUUGUGCGCGGCACCGGUGAUAUCGUUGCUGCUCAUGGCAUUCCUCCUGACCUUCUCGCCCGCCUUCUCAUUGUCCCCACUCACCCCUACAACCCCGAAGAAAUCAAGACCAUUGUUCGCCUUCGUGCGAAGACAGAAGGUCUACAAAUCACAGAUGGGGCGCUGCAAAAGGUAGCUACACACGGUGCGAAGGUAAGUUUGCGGUAUGCGUUGCAGCUAUUAACACCAGCAAGUAUACUUGCGCGAGUGAAUGGACACCCUGGAGGAAUCGAGGAGGCAGAUGUUGCGGAAUGUGAAGAUCUGUUCAUUGAUGCUAAGCGGAGUGCAGAUAUUGUUUCAAGUGAAAAAGGGGGGUUUAUCUCCUAA